AUGGUCGAGCAGUGCGACAAGUUACUUAAUUUUUUAUCAAAUGAGGAUAGUGUCAAAUCUAAUACAGAGGAUUUAGCCAUUGUCGCGAUGUUUGCGCCACAGCCGAAAGCCCAAGCGACUACUCGGCCUGCGCAGAUGCUUACCAGUCAAAGUGAGGCCUCUGCUAAAGAAAAUCAUAAGCUUUAUAAGGUACUGGGUGGAAUAGUUCUUAAGGUCAGGCUUGCUGGUUACGUAUAUGAAUAUUUAAUACUGAACGGUGCGACAAAAACUGCCGAAUGUUUCAAAAGCGAGUACUUAUCGACAAUAACAAAGGCUAUGCCCACACUCCAGUCUUCUGACCCUCCUGGUUUUCUGCAGAAUUGGUUUUUCUUGUUUUGGGAUCUGUACUCGGCAGCUCCAGAAAAACGUGAUUCGUGCGAAGCUUCGCAGGAGGCCAAAGCUUUUCAUGAAUUUGGUUUUAUGAAUCCGUCACAUGGAGUUCCAACUGGCCCGGUAAGUGGACCAAUGAUGAACGGGAUGCACACUUCGCACAUGUUUUCUUCGGCAGCACCAAGUCCUUUGAGCCUUGGCCCAGGACCCGGUGGUGAUGGCAUGAUGCCAGGUGGCGGUUAUUAUCCACCACGUUCUGCUCAGCCUGGUCCGUCUGGAUCGACAAGCCAAGCUUCUCCAAUUUCUGGUGUGCCGUCAGCCGGUAAUUUUGCUGCCGUUCCUCCAAGGUACGGAAUGCCUGCAGCACGGAAUGGUCCACCUGGACCUGGAGGUAUGCCUCCUGCUGGCUUUCCUGGCGGUGCUCCACCUCACAUGUUUACUGGAAGCGAACAGAUGCGUCCUCUUCCUGCACAGCGACUACCUCCGAAUGCUGGACCCAUGCGGAUGCCCACUGGUUAUCCUGGAAUGCGACCUAACGGUCCAAUGCGCUACACAUCGCCGAUGUAUAUGGAAUCUCCUACUGGCGCUCCGUUUUCGAACACUAUGAUGCCGAAUGGAGCAAUGUGCUCGUCUUCAGCAGCGUCAAUGAUGUCGUCCCCAGGCCCUGGUGGCCCAAUGCAAUCAGGACCUGAAAGUCAGGAUCCAAGAAGCUACAUGAUGAUGUCUUCAGCAUCUAGUAUGCAGUAUAUGCAUCCAGAAGGCAGUAUGACACCUGGAGCUGGCGGGCGAGGAUCAGCAGGUCCGCCUUGCUCAACUUCCGACCCGCAGAUGACGUCUUUAUUGAAUGGGGAUGAAAUGAAACAUUCGCCCGCUUCUACUCAUGGGGGAAUUAGUUGUGGCACACCUAGUGCGACCGGAGGACCCGGAAGUCAAGCUGCGGUUGGUGGACCUGGUUCAGUUGCUGGUGCUGGGGUUGGUGGUCCUGGUUCAGUCCAUUCGCAGAGCGGUGGUUCUACCGGCGGACAAGGUGGUCCUCCCAUCUCACAGGGAGGAAAUGCUGUCUCUGGGCAGGAAGAGGCUAGUGAGAUUUCAAAAAUUAAGCAAAGUUUGUUUGACGACAUGAAGUAUGGUGGAAAGGAAGAAAGUACUACGGAUAAUUAUCAUCAGUAUCCGUAA